CACACACACACAGAGAGGAGAGAGUUCAGCUACAGGACGAGCUGCUUCUUCAGUCGACCACACGACCUUUCAUACUCAAUAAACAAGAUGAAUAACUUCAUACCGAUUUUACCAAUUUUGGCGUUUCUAUUUGGACCAGCACUGUGCUCAGAAGAUGAGACAAGAUUAGGUAAACUCUGUUUUCUAAAUACAAACAAGGUUGUUCGUCCUGUUAGCCAUUUUAGGGAUCCAGUGGUGGUUACUGUGGGACUACAACUCAUAUUUCAGCUCAUCAGCGUGGAUGAAGUUAAUCAGAUUGUCAACAGUAAUGUACGGCUAAAGCAGCAAUGGAAGGAUGUGAAUCUGCAGUGGAAUCCUGAUGACUACGGUGGCAUCAGAAAGAUCAGAAUUCCCUCCACUGACAUCUGGAAACCGGAUUUAGUGCUUUAUAACAAGUAUGAGUCACUUUUGACUGAUGGAGACUUUGCCAUCGUCCAUGAGACAAAGGUCUUGUUGGAGCACACGGGUAUGAUAACAUGGACUCCCCCAGCAAUCUUUAAGAGCUACUGUGAGAUCGUGGUCCUUCACUUUCCCUUCGACCUGCAAGACUGCAGCAUGAAACUUGGAACGUGGACCUAUGGUGGCAACCCUUGUCAUUAUCAACCCAGACAUAGUGACAGACCGGACCUAAGUAAUUUCAUGGAGAGCGGAGAGUGGGUGAUGAAGGAUUACAGGAAUUGGAAACACUGGGUGUAUUACGCUUGCUGUCCAGAUACACCCUACCUUGAUAUCACUUAUCACUUCCUACUGCUCCGCCUCCCACUUUAUUUCAUUGUGAACGUCAUCAUCCCCUGCAUGCUGUUCUCCUUCCUCACUGGGCUUGUUUUCUACCUGCCCACAGACUCUGGUGAGAAGAUGACCCUCAGCAUCUCUGUCCUGCUCUCUCUGACUGUGUUCUUGCUGGUGAUUGUUGAGUUGAUCCCCUCCACCUCCAGUGCUGUUCCACUCAUCGGCAAAUACCAAAUGCUCUUCACUAUUAUCUUUGUCAUUGCUUCCAUCAUCAUCACUGUGAUUGUCAUCAACACACACCACCGCUCCCCCAGCACACACACCAUGCCUGCUUGGGUCCGCAAGCGGCCGCCAGAGGAAUGGAAAUUUGUCGCUAUGGUCCGGGAUCACAUUCUUCCUAUGUGUGUUUCGAUGGCGGUGUGGUAUUAUUGGCCACACUAG